UUCCAAAUAGGCGUCAAAGUGAAGGAAAAAUUAGACUCUUAAGUCUUAGAGUAUGUAGAAAUAUAUAAUUUAUAAAUAAACGACUACAGUUUUAUUGCUGAUAAAAAGUUAAUCUUACACAAUAACUUGUCUGUGAAUAGUGCUGCUGCUAUAAGGCAUGUCUAAUUUACCCAAGAACAACUUAGAAGAACAUCUAGCUCAGUUUGCUGCAUCCAAAAAGAUAGAAUUUAAUGUCACUUCUUCAGCAUCUACAAAAAGAAACUUCACAUUUCGGAAAUCGCUGAGCCUAAGUAAACAUAACUCAAGAGGUGAAGAACAAAACAAACCUUUAAAGAUAGAUCCAGAAUGUUUUCAAAGCAAGAUUACUGCAAUUCAGCAAACAUCUUUACAUUCAUUUUUCAAGAACUGCAAUACUUCUUCAGUAAAUAAAACUGUAUGUGGUGACCCUGGUGAUAUGGAAUUUGAUUCAGCUCCUACAAGUAUGCCUCGUCCAAUUGCCACAGUUACACCACAAAUGCCUUCAAGACAACCAUUGACCACAAUGACUAAUUUCAGGAAAAAAAGAUCUCCAUCUUCAAUUGUUUGUCAACCUAAAACAAAUGCAAUGGAAAACUCCUUCAGUAAGAAUUCUGUACUGUCCAUUCCUGUAGAUAAAUAUGACUUGGGAUAUUUUGAAACUGUUUCCCAGAGAGCUGAUGAGAAAAAUCUUGCCAGACCUAGCUUAAUGAAGAAAAGUAUGUCUGUUGCUUACAUACCAGAAACUCAGCAUCCUUCCAGUGUCAAAGCUAGUGACACGUGUAAUGUUGACCAUAGUGCUGGAAUUGAUGAAGAAUAUAUUACUUUUCCAACACCCUCUCCACCCAGCAUAGAACAAAUUGACAACGACACAGGUAAUUCAUCUGAUGGUGAUUUUGAAUUGCCUGUUUUUGACACAUCAUCUUCAUCUGUGGGUAAAAGAACACAUAUUCCCAAAUGUAGGAGAAGCAGUUCUAAAGAUGAUGAAAAAAUUACAGAUAAACUCUUCCUGAAGUCUCAGCCUUCGACUAUAGCUAUGGCAGCAGAUCAUGGUGAACAGCCAGAAAACAAAUUUAAAGAGAGAGAUGAGGAAGAACUACACAGUACUGAAAGUGUCCUCAAGGAUAUGUUGUUUGAAGUGAUGUCAAAAAUUUGUGUGGUUAUUGAAAAACAACCAGCACUUCUACAAAAGUUUCCAGGUUUAACAGAAUUGUUUGAAAUCAGGUCUGAAGUGGUUAGUAAACAGAAGGAACUAGAGGUUGUUUUGAAGAACAAAAGCAAACAGACACCUAAUGCAUCCCUUUCUUCACGUCUGUCUUCACUUUGUCACACUACUCGUCAAAAGGAUUCUUUAACUGUCACUUCAGGAUUAAAAUCCCCUCAUCUUUCAAUUUUCUCUUCGAAGUCAUUGUAUGGGAAGAAUAUUUAUCUUGAAACAUUUUCAAGGACUGCAAAUAGCCCUUCUUUCUCAGGUUAUGCACCUUGUAAAAGUAAUGGUGUUCAGAAACUUAGUCCAAUACCAAUCUCUACCCAACAAUGUUCACAAAAUUCUUCAGCCAUGACAUCCACUUCUCCGAAAGCCAUUAGGCAGCUUACUUUUGGGAAACAAAUACAAACCUCUCCUGGAGUUCAGUUUAAAAGUAUGCAUUCUUCAGAGAUUGUUGGACAAAGAGAACUACAAUCUUUCCAACCUCAUUCAUCCAGUGAAAACUCUUUGUUGCACAAGAACUGUGGACCAGAAACACAACAGAUUAUUGAAAACAUUGAAACUCAAAAUUUGGAUUUUGGAGAUGAAGCUUUUAUUAUAGAAGACCUUGAACAAGGUAACGCAUCUAAGGAAGCAUCAGGAGAUUAUGCAAAAGUGGUUGACUACAAAUCUGUUGUGUAUGAUAAAAAUACUCCAAGCACAUCAAAGCAAACCCCAAGCAAUAUAUCAAAUUUUACAGGUCAUUUUUAUGGCAAUCAAAGAGAUGAUGGUGCUUCCAUUCAGUUUAAAGGAACAAACUUUCCCCAUUCCCAAGAACUGCUCUCUGUGUUUCAUAACAUUUUUGGCUUGCAGAAGUUCCGUCACAACCAGUUAGAAGCUAUCAAUGCAGCUUUGCUAGGUGAAGAUUGCUUUGUACUCAUGCCCACAGGUGGAGGGAAAAGUUUGUGUUAUCAACUACCUGCAAUUGUAACUUCUGGAGUGACUAUUGUUGUAUCUCCAUUACGAUCCCUUAUUCAAGACCAAGUGCAGAAGUUAUGUUCUCUUGAUGUCCCUGCCAAUCACUUAUCUGGUGAGAUGAGCAAUAGCACAGCAGCUAAUAUCUACAGGCAACUGACAAUGAGAGAGCCAGGUAUCAAGUUACUAUACGUAACACCUGAAAAAAUCAGUGCCAGUGAUAAGCUUAUGUCUCUGUUUGAAGGUCUGUAUAACAGAAAACUGUUAGCCAGGUUCGUAGUGGAUGAAGCUCAUUGUGUUAGUCAGUGGGGACAUGAUUUCAGACCAGAUUAUAAGCGUCUAAAAGUGCUUCGAGAAAAGUUUCCAGGAGUUCCGAUGAUAGCUCUUACUGCCACUGCUACUCCUCGGGUUCGUAUUGAUAUUUUACACCAACUGGAUAUGAAGAAACCAAAAUGGUUUCUUCAAAGCUUCAAUCGCCCUAACCUCAAGUAUGAAAUGAGACAAAAGAAGGGGAAAUCUGCUAUACGAGAUAUUAUUGACCUCAUUAAGUCUCAGUUCAGUGGAAUGUGUGGCAUCAUUUAUUGUUUGUCUCGACGAGAAUGUGAUGAGGUAGCUCGAGAUUUAUCUGAAAAUAAGAUCAAAGCUAUUUCUUAUCAUGCUGGACUGGAAAAUGAAAACAGAAAUCAUAUACAAGAGAUGUGGUUGAAUGACAAAUGUCAGGUUAUCUGUGCUACCAUAGCUUUUGGAAUGGGUAUCGAUAAACCUGAUGUUCGAUUUGUCAUCCACUAUUCUAUGCCAAAGUCAAUAGAGGGGUUUUACCAGGAAUCAGGACGUGCUGGUCGAGAUGGAGAAACAUCUUGGUGUAUACUUUUUUACAGCUACCAGGAUGUGCAACGUAUGCGACGUAUAAUUGAAAAGGACUGUGAGAACCCCCAAGCCAAACGAACUCACUUGGAUAACUUAUACCGAAUGGUCCAGUACUGUGAAAACAAAGCAGAUUGUAGAAGAGUCCAGAUGUUGGAAUACUUUGGAGAGAUCUUUGAUAAGCAGCUUUGUAUAUCAAGUUCUAAAACCACCUGUGACAACUGUAACUCAAAGGAAACUUAUGAAAUGUGUAACGUUACUGAAGAUGCCAAAGCAAUUGUGCAAUGUGUAUUAAAUAUGGUUGGAAUUAGACGACAGAACAAUUAUACAUUGAACUAUAUUGUGGACAUUUUCAAAGGUUCAAACAAUAGUAAGAUUCAAAGCGCUGGUCAUACCAGUCUCCCUUUACAUGGCAAAGGUCAAGCUUACCAGCGUUCGGAUGCAGAAAGGUUGGUCCGUAAGCUGGUGAUGGAUGGCUUCCUUCAGGAAGAUCUAGUCAUAAACCAUAUGGACCAUGCAGCAACAUACUUACGUCCUGGGAGGCGUCACUUGGAACUGCUGAGAGGUCAGACUCAGAUAAACUUCCACAUGAAACGUGGUUCAAAGAGAUCAGACUCAGUGCAACCUGUUCCACAAAACGAAGAAGAUAAAGAAAUUCAGAAACUGAUUGAGCGUUGUUAUGCAGAUCUUGUACAGUUGAGCAAAGCCAUUGCAGCAGAACGUUGCAUACAUUACACAAAUGUGAUCAACUUAGAAGCUCUCAGACAGAUGUCCAGGGAAAUGCCCAUGACAGAAGAAGAGAUGCUUCGAAUUCCACAUAUAACCAAAGUAAUUUUUGAGAAAUAUGGUCAGCAAUUCUUGGAUGUUACACAGAGAUUCAGUGCAGAGCGUGUUGUAUUUUCAUUAGUUUUAGAUGCAGAAAAGGCUGAACAACACAACUUGCUCUUUGAUGACAAGUGGGAGGAUGAUACUCUUUUUGAUGCUGGUCCAUCAACAUCUGUUCCUGUGAGAAACAAGAGAAAAGCUAAUGGUGGAAAAGGUGGUGGAAAGCCUACAAAACGAGCCAGGAAAGGGUUCUUUAAAGGCAACCAAAAAGGAAGAAUGAAGAAAGGUGGAAACAAACAAUUCAACAAAACCAGCAAGAAGAAAUGGACAAAAACAACUAACUCUAACAAUUACAGUACCCAAGACAAUUGGAACCAAUCAACAAAAUUAGAACAAACCUCAAGCUGGCCAAGAAAACCCUUGGGUUUCCUACCGACUCCUCAGCCACAACAUAAGGUUAUUGGAAACAAGCUAAUGACUCGUUCCUUUCUUCCUCAACCAAAAUUCCUCUCAAAAGUGUAAAAUUUUAUUUUACAGAUUCAGUUUCAAACUUUCUUCAUUUUUUUUAAUUAUUAAUACUUAUCCUACACACUAAAUAUGGCACUAAAUCUUUAAAAAUAUGUUUUUACAAAGAGGUUAAAUGCACAAAGUUAUUCUGUCUUUUCAGAGCUAAUUAGCUGAGCUAUAUAUUAAGCUUUUAUGCCGGUAGAAACACGUAUUAACAAAAGUGUAUUAUUAUUUUGGUAGUUAUUGCCCCAUAAACUUCUUUCUAACAAAUUUUUUGUAACUGUUGCUUAUCCCAUUUUUUAUACGAGACAAACUUACUCUAAUUACAUGUAACAUUACCUGCUCCUUCUCAUCUGGCUUAGAACUUCAAAAGCAUCAAUCCCUAGUUAAAUAUUUAUAUCCUAAACAAUAGUAGGGCGAUAUUAAAAAAUACUAUUAUUAUCUAAAUAAAUUCAUUCUGUACAUUCUGCAAACUGAAGUUGUAUUUAUAGCCAUUUCUAAUAUUAACAUUAUCCCAUUUUUAGUUCAUAUGCUGAAGCAAAUAAGUAAUUGUACACAUGUAUUUUUUAAAUUUCAUAAGUCUUUAUGAGACUCAACUGAAUAUGUUUACAUGAAAGUAUAUUAUAGAAAUAAUUAAUAACAUCCUCAGUUAUCCUAAGAAGUGAUUUUUUCUUAUAUUUAAAUUUCAGUUUCUGACACAGAUUGAACAAUAUUGGUUAAGGACAGGAUGUUCUCUUGAACUGUAGCUAUGAAAAAACAAUUCUGUAGUUUUAGGUUAUCAAGUUAAAAGUUUACUAAUCUCAUAUGAACUGUAAUGUUGUAUUGGUGCAUAUAUGUGUAAAAAAUAUUUAAGAGUUGAUACUGUAUUUUUUUUUUAAACUGAUCAACUAUUAACAAGUUAGAGUUAGGAAAAGUUCAUAUUAAGUUUGGACUACCACAUUUUAAUUUUUCUUUAUUAGUAUUAUUGUAGCAAACUUAAAUCAUAGAUUUUUUGUACAUUUUCCACUAAAAAUGUAGGUUAAAUUGAGAAAAGAUUCAAGAUAAAUGUUUUAUUCACUAGGUUGUAAGAAUAUCCUAUUUUUAUUUCAUUUUUUGAAAUGUAAAAUAAACAUUGUCAAAUAUACAUUUU